CUUACCCUCCCAUGCAUAGGUAUACAUGGGGACCCCUACUAAGUCUUUUUGGGGCCACUAAAGAGUAUUAUAGGAUAUCCAGUCACGUUUCUCCUUCGAAGCGUUGCACAGUCGUUAUUUUCGAAAGAUUUAGCCCGUUUAUUUCGCCGAAAACUUACCUAUUCGAUUUGUUUGUGCUUUAAAAAUGGCGUGUGUAUACAUUCCGUUCGAUGAAGUAGUGGCACGUUGCACAGAAGGUGUUCCUGGUGAAGUUUUUUCGGAUUUUUCCGAUGAAACUGAAGGAGAUAUUUCAGACCGCCAUGAGAGCGGAAGUGAUAGUGGUGUUGGCGAGGAAGAAAGCCUUCCUGAUCCUUCGAGCACUUUUGAGGAUUCAGAUGUUGAAAGCGAUACUAGCAAUGAUGAUGACACAACUCGCGAUCAAAGCCCAUUACGCAAUGUGAUUGGAAAUAGAGGUCGUGGAAGAAGAGGCCGUAUUGUACAAGGCCGUGGAAGGGCUGGCCGUGGACGGGCAUGUCAUGGAAGAGUAGGCCGUGUAGGACGCCCUCAAGAUCCUGAAUUGCAGUGGUCAAGGACUUACAAUCCACCUGCAGAUCCACCAUUGCCUGAGCCAUCCCCUGGGCCAACUCAAAGAUAUCCAAAUGGUGCUGAAAUCAGGGAGGGAACAGUUUUUGACCAAAUGUUUACUGAUGAAAUUUGGAAUUUGAUGGUUACAGAGACAAACAGAUACCAUGAUCAGCAAGCAGCAUCUGAGCCGAACAAACACAAACGAAAGUGGCGCCCAGUUACCAAAGAAGAGAUGCAAGCAUUCAUUGGUAUCAUUAUUUACAUGGGAAUUGUGAAACUUCCAAGAAUCACCAUGUACUGGAGUAUGGACAACCUUGUGCACCAGGAAAGUGUAAGUUCUGUGAUGACCCAAACUAGACUUUUCCAGAUUUGGAGAUACUUUCAGGUGGCUGACAAUGCCAGAGCUCUGCCUAGAGAAGAUCCUAAUUUUGAUAAGAUUUAUCGGGUCAGGCAAUUUUUAGAUCUGGUCAUGACCAAUGCACAGCAUCUGUAUCGCCUAGACCGAGAUGUAUCUAUUGACGAGACCAUGGUUCCCCAUAAAGGUCGCCUAUCGUUCAAGCAAUAUAUUAAGAACAAACCUGUGAGAUGGGGUAUAAAGCUGUGGGUGUUGUGCGAGGCCAAGACUGGAUAUGUUUUCAAAUUCCAAGUCUACCUUGGAAAAGAAGGAGGAAAUGUAGAACACAACCUAGCUCGAAGGGUGGUGAAACAUCUCAUUGCUCCAAUUGAAGGCAAGUUCCAUAACUUGUAUAUGGACAAUUUUUAUUGCAACCCGCACCUUUUCUUGGAACUUGAACCGAAAAAAGUGCUUGCCUGUGGAACUGUAAGGCCAAAUCGUAAAGGGUUCCCCAAAGAUAUUGUGAUUACUUCUGCCGCCGAAAAGAGAAUGAAUCGUGGAGAUUUCUUAUGGAGAAGCCAUGGCAAUCUUGUUGCUAUGGCAUGGUAUGAUAAACGUCCAGUCUAUUUGAUCUCCACUAUCCAUCCUCCAAACAGUACUGGGACACCAACCACAGUUCAGCGCCGUUCUCAAGCAGGCCCACGUGAAGCGAUACCUUGCCCUCCAGCUCAGUGUGCUUACCAAGAGUAUAUGGGUGGGGUCGACCUGGCAGACCAAAUUCUUCAAAGUUUUUCUGUUAUUCGAAAGUCAAAAAAAGCCUGGAAAAAGCUUUUUUACUAUGGACUUGAGGUUUGCCUGUUGAAUUCUUUUACCAUUUUCAAAAAAGUGAAGCAAACGCCUCAGGAUUUCCUUUCAUAUCGCCUUUCAAUUGUUCGGCAUUUGCUGGAGGGAAAGUGUUUCAGAGGAAGACCUGGUCGUUUGCCAAGUCGACCACUAGCUGAUGUGGAUGCAUUGAGGCUGAACAAGCAGUAUCAUUCUGUCCCAGUUGAGGAAAAAAGGCGAGACUGUGUGGUUUGUGCCAAGAUUGUUUCGGUACAAAACCUGAGCAGAAGCAUGAAGUCAAGAACAAACACUGUUUGUGUCACAUGUGACAGAAAACCACUGUGCAUUCUUUCCCAUCGCAAUUGUUGGGAGAAGUGGCACAAUCUUGUAGAAUACUGGCGAUAGUGGUGCUAUUAUGCAACUGACACCAACAAGUGGACUGAAAUGUGACUUCAAAUACAUUUCUCUACAGUGUGUAUCUAUAUUCACUGGAAACUGAGUUUCAGCAAUGUUGUUUUCUAUCGGGGGGGGGGGUACUCUGCAAUGUUUUAGGUGGGGGUGUUCCGCUGAGGCCUAAGAACCCCUACCCCAUCUCAGACCAAAUGGUCAAAUUUGGUACCCCAUCAGAGAUCGGAAAAAGGAGUUUGUUUACACUAAUUGACAGAUUUAGGCGUCAAACUGCCAUACACGCUCAUUGAAUCGAGUGAAACUUCCACAGGCACGGUUCCAGAUGAAAAAUGAACUGGAAAAAAGAUGACUAAAACACUUAAUUCAAAAAUUGAAUAGGAAAAGUAUUCCCCAUCUCAGACUUAGUGGGCGAAACUGAGACCUCAUCUCAGACCUAGAAGGUCAAAAACCCGACUCCAUCCAGCGGCACAUACCCGUAUAGCUUAUAUAUGGGAGUACCCCCCCCGUUUUCUAUAUUGGACAGCAGACUCUGCUAUAUGUUGAAAAAGUCUUUUUAUUUCCUUUACACAAGUAGAGGCUGUGCAAAAGUGAUUCCAAGUGAAUAAUUUUUGCUUUUGGAACAUUUAUGUCAUAUUUUUUUUGUAUGCAUCAGGAAAAUAUAAAUUUCCCGAAACCCGACUGACGGCACAUAAAUGCCUAUAACUUUGGCUACGAUUAUGAUAUUUAGAUGAAAUAAAAAGUCUCUGAAUCCUUA